GUUGCCGUGCGUAAUAUUUUUUUAAGUAAAUCAAUGUUACAAGUGCUUUUUAUAUACAUUAUUUAAAAAAGUGAUCAAAAUGAGCGCCUGGCCAGAAGUCUUGACUGCGAAAUCCGAGAACCGCCAUGAAAUCAAAUUGGCGGGAGCUGCGAUUUCGAAACGCAUUUCCGAAAGUGGUUUGGACAAAAAUGUCUUUCAAUUAUUACAUUUGAAUCUUUUGAAUAUCAGCGACACAUGUCUCACAAGUAUUCCUGAUGAUAUAAAAAGGCUGGUCAACUUACAAUCGCUUCUUUUGUUUGGAAACAAGCUUGAGUCGUUCAAUGAAAACAUAACCUCUCUGUCAAAGCUGAAAGUGUUGGAUCUUUCAAGAAAUCAGAUUAAAAGUAUACCUGAUAGUUUAAAUAACAUGAAAGAGCUGACUAGCAUAAAUUUCAGUUCGAACGUUAUAGAGAAUUUGCCUAAAAUUGUUGAUUUGCCUAAUCUAAUAACUGUAGAUAUAUCUAACAAUAAACUGGCCAUUUUCCCGGACGUGGAGACAGCUAAUUUGCCACACUUAACUGAUCUAAAGUUGAAGGGUAAUGUAAUUGAGGAGAUACCGAGUUACGUUGCUCGUAGCUUGCCGUCGUUGAAGAAUUUUGAUAUCGGAGACAAUCAGUUGAAGACUAUACCCGGUGAGGUGGCAAAUAUGACAAAAAUAAAAGAACUAAACCUCAAAGGCAACAAACUGUCGGAUAAGAGACUUAUGAAGCUAGUCGAUCAGUGCCGUACCAAGCAAGUCCUGGACUAUAUAAGAGAGCAUUGCCCUAAAGUGGACCAAAACCAACCAGCUACAGGCAAAGGCAAGGGUAAGAAAGGCAAGAAGCAAGAAGAACCGGUCACAGAAGACAAUGUUUGCGACCUGUGUCACUCUAUGAGGAUUUUACAUGUAGAGGAUGAUGUUUUGAGAGUCAAAAUCAUUGAAUCAGAAGUAGGUGCUGUCCGUCCGUAUAUAUUGUGCUGUAUUAUAACACAGUUGCACUUUACGGAGGCUCUGUUCAAGAAGUUCAUACAACUGCAAACAAAGUUGCACGACACCGUUUGUGACAAGAGAAAUGUAGCUACAAUUGCAACACAUGACCUGAACAAAAUCGCACCAGGCGACCUUGUAUACACGGCGAAGGCACCGACCCAGUUGACUCUGACACCGCUGUCGCGGCUGCAGCCCUGCACGGGAGAACAGUUGUUCCACCGGCUCACAGCUGAAGCUGAGGCUCUGAGGAAGGAGAAGAAGCGAAAUGUCUUCUCUGGAAUACACAAAUACCUGUAUUUAUUGGAAGGCAAGCCGAAGUAUCCCUGUCUACAGGAUGCAAGUGGGAAGGUGAUCAGCUUCCCUCCCAUCACCAAUAGUGAAGACACCAAGAUGUCGCAUGAAUCGAAGAACAUGCUAGUGGAAGUGACCUCCCAUGCAUCCCUCGGAGCCUGCAAAACAGUUUUAAAUAAAUUAUUGCAAGAAUGCUUAUUACUUGGCAUUGGAGAUGAUGCUCAAGAAGCUGCUGAUUACCACACCCUCGUUGUACAACAGGUAAAAGUUGUGGACCCAGAAGGUAACCUCAAAAGUGUGUACCCAUCCCGAACAGACUGUGUAUAUGAAGAUUCUCCCAAUGUUAAAGUAUACAGGAUGCCCAAGAAAUAGACGAAAAACUAACCCCAGACUUGAUAGCCCAGUGUUAAUAUCUAAACACCAUGUAUCAAUCUGGUUGUCUAUGUGAUAAAAUCAAUGUGAUUUCAUACGCUAUAACCAUACCCCCUCACUUAAAAUUGUUAAAUAUAUGUAAACAACUGUAUUAUAAUUCAUGGCUGUCUAUUUUUGUAUGGAUUUGACAUUAAAUGUCAAAUUAGUGAUUAUCAAGUAUCGUAAUUUUAGGUGGGGGGAGAAUGUAGCGCCAUU